AUGUCCUCGUUCUUCACCAUUCCUUCGGCGGCGAAGAAGAGAAAACGACCAGAAGGCUCAGAAAACCCCAAAAAAAGAUUUGCACCUUCCAAGUCAAAAAAUAACCCACGAGAAUCAAAACCUGCGAGGACGCCUAGGAAACCACAGCGGGACGAGUCAAUAUCAGGCAGCGAAAAUGAGGAUGGUAGCGAUCGCGGCGAUGAAGAGGAAUAUCAAGGCUCAAGUGAUGCAGCUAGUAGUUCUGGGUCGGAAGAAGGGGAUGAUGCUGAGGAAACCGCCGCCGAACGACGUUUGCGACUUGCUGAGCGGUACCUCGAAAAUAUCCGGGAGGAAGUGGAUGAACAUGGCUUCGAUGCCGAAGAGAUUGACCGUGAUCUUAUUGCCGAGCGAUUGCAAGAAGAUGCCGCCGAAUCGAAGGGGCGCAUGUACAGGAAGUUGGCGCUGGACUUAGCAUUCGAAGACGCCUCUUAUUCGGGUUUCCGCAAUGACUCAGAUAUAAUUACGAGCGUUGCAACUUGCCCGCCAUAUGCUUACACAGUUUCCAAAGAUAUGUUUCUGAUCAAAUGGCAAAUCCAGGAAUUGCCCGCAAAUCAAUUUCCCCAGAAGAAAAAGAAAUCCAAAAAAACCGCCUCCUCCACCCCGCCGAAAACCAACACAACUGGCAUUUUUGCAGCAUCACAGGAUGGGAAGUUUGUCGUCACAGGUGGCAGGGAUCGACGUAUGAUAGUUUGGGAUGCUGCUACUCUUAAACCCCUCCGAGUCUUUACGCAACACCGAGAUGCAGUCACUGGUCUUGCCUUUCGUCGCGGUACCAAUCAGCUAUAUUCCUCUUCCAAGGACCGAACAAUCAAGGUUUGGUCAUUAGACGAACUCGCAUAUAUUGAAACACUUUUCGGCCACCAAGAUGAGGUUGUAGAUAUAGCAGCUCUGGCGCAAGAACGAUGUAUAUCCGUUGGUGCACGCGAUCGAACAGCACGCUUAUGGAAAGUAGUUGAGGAGACACAAUUAGUCUUCCGCGGUGGUGGUGGAGAGAAAAAGUCAAGGUCAGGUCCCAGAGUACUAGAAGGAAGUAUGGAUCGGGUAGCUAUGAUCGAUGAGGAGACAUUCGUCACAGGAGGUGACAAUGGGUGCAUCUCCUUGUGGGUUAUUCAUAAGAAGAAGCCAAUUUUUACCUUACCACAAGCACAUGGCAUGGAUCCUGCACUGCAACCAGAUGAAGCAAGUGCGGAAGUCAAACCUAGCGAUGAUAUCGUGCCUGCACCACAGCCGAGAUGGAUCACAGCACUCGUAACGAUUCCAUAUUCAGACGUUAUAUUGAGUGGCAGCUGGGACGGUCAAUUAAGAGCUUGGAGGUUAAGUGAUGACAAGAAGAAGCUUGAACCAUUAGGUGGUGUAGGUUCAAAUUUCGGCACUCAAGUUAAUGGGCAAGAGUUGAAAAAUGGACAUGCAAAUGAAAAGCCAGUGGUUAAGGGCGUGAUAAACGAUAUAUCCGUCUUCGAGCGCGGUGAUAGAGGCAAAGACGGCGCUUGCGUAGUGGUAGCAGUAGGAAAGGAACUGCGCACAGGGCGUUGGUACAGGUUAAAAGAAGGGGCGAAGAACGGAGCUGUUGUUUUCGAGAUACCAAGGAUACCAAAAAGCAACGGUGUUGUAGCUGAUGAAAAAGAUGAAUAG